UAAAUGAAAGCAUUGCAGGGAACUAGUCAAUUGAAAUCUCGCGCAAUGGAAAUGAAACAAAAUCUCACACAAUUAUUCCAAAUUUUCAUACUCACAAUACCCAUGCUAAGAGUAUUAGCAUCUAAUGAAUCCCUUUAUAAAUCGCUACCCGGUUGCAAAAACACAUGUGGAGAUGUUAAAAUUCCAUAUCCAUUUGGCAUAUCCAACACAUCAUCACCAAAUGAAAAUCUCUGUAUUCUAGAACCCAAAUUUAAUCUCACAUGUGAGAACGACACAAAAUUAAUUUGGGGCAAUAUACAAGUUACCAACAUUAACAUCACCGAAGGACAACUUGAAAUGUUGUUUUUUGUGUCGAGUUAUUGUAAUAGCGAAAAUUCCAAUAGACCCACGUUAGGCACUGCCGGUUUCACCAUAUCAAGCAAAGAAAACAAAUUUAUAACCGUUGGUUGUGAUAGUUACGGUUAUCUCAAUAGUAUUGACAACAAAGAAAUAUAUUCAACGGGUUGCUUAACAAGGUGUUACGGUAAUAGAAAUCAAAUUGAAAACGGAACAUGUUCGGGUAUUGGUUGUUGUCAAGUUGAUAUUCCACCAAAUAUGAGAAAUAUAAGUGUACAAGUUUUUGAUUUUCCUAAUUCAACCGAUUCUUUUGGAUGUAGUAGUUCUUUUAUUGUCAAAGAUGGAUAUUAUAAUUUUUCGGUUACUGAUUUGAACGAAUUUCCUUAUAAGAAUGUUCCUCUGAUUAUUGAUUGGAGUGUUGGAACAAAAAAUUGUGAGGCCUCAAAGGGUGAUGAUGAUUAUGCUUGCAAGGCAAAUAGUGAUUGUGAAGAUGAUAUUGAGGGCAUUGAUUUUGGUUAUCGAUGUAAAUGUAAGCGCGGUUAUGAUGGAAACCCGUAUCAUCCAGAUGGCUGCACAGACAUCGACGAAUGUAAGCCAUUGAAUAACCGAUGCGACAAUGGUCAACGUUGUAACAACACGGAAGGAGGUUUCGAAUGUUUAUGUCUUGAAGGAUACUCCAAAAAUCGAAAUGGAAAAGGGUGCCAUAGUCGAAAUAUAGUUGCAAAAGUUGCCAUUGGAGCAAGUGCAGGAAUCAUGAUUCUAUUUUUGGCGAUUUCAUCGCUAUACUUAACACACCAAAGAAGGAAACUCAUGAAACUAAAAAAAAAAUUCUUCCAACAAAACGGUGGUUUCAUUUUACUACAACAACUCUCCACAAGAGAAGAUUCAUCACAAUCAGCUCAAAUAUUCACAGAACAGGAACUCAAAAAAGCCACAAACAACUACGAUGAAAGCUUAAUCAUCGGUCGAGGUGGUUUCGGUACAGUCUUCAAAGGCUUUUUAUCAGACAACAAAAUCAUUGCUGUCAAAAAAUCAAAAAUAAUCGACGAAAACCAAAUCGAACAGUUCAUAAACGAGGUUGUUGUUCUGUCUCAAAUAAAUCAUAGGAAUGUUGUGAAACUUAUAGGUUGUUGUUUGGAAACAGAAGUUCCUUCAUUGGUCUAUGAAUUCGUUAGCAACGGUACGCUUUUCGAUUUCAUACAAAAUACGAAAGAUCAAACAAAUAACACGACAUGGAAAACACGUUUAAGAAUUGCAGCAGAAGCAGCUGGUGCAUUAUCUUAUCUACAUUCUUCUGCAGCAAUACCAAUUAUUCAUAGAGAUGUUAAAAGUACCAACAUUCUCUUAGAUGAAAAUUUCACUACAAAAGUUUCUGAUUUUGGUGCUUCAAGAUUAAUUCCACUUGAUCAAACAGAAAUAGCAACAAUGGUGCAAGGAACACUUGGUUAUUUAGAUCCUGAGUAUAUGCAAACACAUCAACUAACUGAGAAAAGUGAUGUUUAUAGUUUUGGUGUUGUUCUAGCAGAGCUUUUAACAGGGGAGAAACCAAUUUCUUUUAAUAGGCCAGAAGAAAAAGUUAGUCUUGCUAUGAAUUUUCUGUCUUGUUUGAAAAAAGAUGGAAUUUUGGAAGCUAUUCAAGAUGGAAUGUUGAAUGAUGAAAACAAGAAGGAGAUUAAGGAGGUCUGUUUUCUUGUUGCAAGGUGUUUGAGGCUUAGAGGGGAAGAAAGGCCUAGUAUGAAGGAAAUUGCUAUGGAAUUGGAUGGUAUAAGGUUAACGGAGAAACAUCAUUGGAAUGAUGGAGAAGCGAAUUUUGAGGAGAGUCAAUAUUUGCUUCAUUUGGGAUCUUCUAGUGUUCUUGAAAUUGGUGAUAGUAGUAGUAACUUUGGAUAUACUGGUGGGUAUGAUAGUUUGAAAGAUCAACCAUUGAUUGCUUUGGAUGAUGGAAGAUGAUUGAUGACAUAUGACCAAAUAUAAUCUUUCUGGUUUUGGUGUUCGAUAUAUGUCAAUAUCUGAUAUUGUUACAUCAUCGGAAUAUCAAUUAAUUGAUUUUCUAAAACUAUUAUAAGUUUGGAUGUGUCUCUAUUUUUCACAGGUUCUAUUUUUGUUUAUUGAUUUUAAUGGGUUUGUAAUUAGAUUUUGUGUUAUGUUUGGUUGAGCCAUUGAAUUUGUAAAUUUGAUUUCAUUUUAUUGAUAAUAUUUAUUACGUAUUUUAUUCAA